AUGUACAAGACGUCCCGCAAUCGGGGUGGUGGCAUUCUGACGGCCCUCAAGGCCUCGGAGAUGAUCGACGUCAAAGCGAGGUUACCAGCUGAGAUCCUUGUGAGCAUCCUUGACUACCUACCCGUUUCCGACCAGAUGCGAUUCGCCCGUACAUCCCGACGGAUGAAGGACAUGGUAUACGACGACACGAGAUGGGUAUCAAGACUGAAGGCCAUGGAUUGCUGGGACGAGGCCGAGGCGCGCAGGAGGUUCGACGAGUCGAUACGACGGAGGAAGGAGGCCAUCCAACGACAGCAGCAGGAACAGCAGCGGAGAGCAGUCGCCGCCGCCGCUGCUAACGGAGUAGCACCGCCCUCGCCGGCAUUAUUCGAUGCGACAGAGGAACAGCAGAAGCAGCAGCUGCAGCUGCAAAUGCAAGAGCAGGCUGUUGUGAGGAGGAGGGCCACAUCGGAGCUGCGCGACGGGUUCGAGACGAUGGAGAUAUCGGGAGCGGCAGCGGCGGCGGCGGGGUCGGGGGAGAAUCCGGAGGGGUACCUGGACGUGUUCUCGCGGGUGCGCAGCGUACGGGGCGGGGCGCGCGGGGAGUACGGGCGGAUCCACGGGGCGCUGAACCCGUUCUACUCGGACCUGGUACGGUCACGCACGCACACGGAGCCCGUGGUGUUCAAGGCGUUCCGCGACCCGGAGCGCCAGGCGCAGAUGCUGGCCAACCUGCGGCGGUUCGCACGCGCUGACUGGACGGACGGGUACGUGGAACGCGUGAGCAAGGUGGACUCGAUGAUGGGCGUAUUCGAGGGCGCCGUGCUGCGCGAGUUCGAGCAGGGGUACGAGUUCUGGGACGUCGACGGCCGCAUGCGCCGCUACGCCCACGUGCUGCACAUCCUCAAUGGCGGCAAGAGGGGCGCCGACGUCUUCAUCCAGAAGCACCCGCUCUUCGACGACGGGGACAUCGCCAUCAACCCCGUCCACUGCCUUAGCCGCGUCGCCCCCGACGAGGUGUCGCUCGAGCCCUCGCGCGUCUUCUUCGAGACCCUGCUCGCCAAGGUGAAUGAGCAGGCAGGCAUCGUCGAGCGCAUCUUCGCCACAGAGGCCCCCGCCGUCUUCUGGUCCCUGCUGGACAGGGUCAGGGACGACCUCAUCAUGGAGUACACCACCCCGCUGUUCGACGAGGCCCACGAGCGCAGCGCCACGGCCUAUGUAAAGAUCGUGUCUGGUGUCUUUGAGCAGACGCUGCUCUUCUUCAAGUCGGUCACGCCGCCAUCGUCACCAUUAUCUCUCGAUGCGAAAGAAGGGAGCAGCAGCAGCAGCAGCAGCAGCAAUGGCAACAAAAGCAACAACCAAAAGCCUGGAAACAUCGACGACGUCGUGGAACGUGCCAAGGUAUUCACCCUCCAGGUCUUCGAACCCCACAUCGACCUCUACCUCCAGGAGGAGCUCGACGCCUUCACAAAGCACGCCGAAUCCCAGGUGGACCUGUGGGAGAAGAAACUGUCGGAGCAGGACUCGUCGCUCGAGUCCUUCUAUAUGUCCAACAUCAACCGGUCGGCCGACAAGAAGGACUUUCUGAGCUCGUUCAAAAAGGUGGUCAUGAUGCCCGUGACGGUGCUUCCCAGCAUCGGGUCACCCUUUGCGCCCAAGACGGCCUCGAAUGGUCCCGCCGCGGCAGCACAGCAGCAGCAGAACCGAUUAUCCCAACCCGCGACGGCGCCUGGGCUAGACGUAGGACGCAAGAAUCCGCUACAGGGGGCGUCGGCACCGACUGACGAGCUGGCGGCCAAGGCGGCGCUGAUGGCAUCCAAGCUCGAGGGCAUCAAGUCGCUCUUCAGCAUCGAGGUGGCGCUGGAUCUGGUGCACGCGGCCAAGGCGAGCCUGGGGCGGGCGCGUCUGCUGAUGCAGCUGGGCGGGCAGGUGGGCGGGGAGGCGCGCGAGCAGUGCUCCAACAUGUUUGUGGUGCUGCUACGGAUUCUGGGCCAGCACCACGUCAGGAGCGGGUUCGCGCGGGCCGUGGACCACCUGUCGCACUACAACCCGCGCGAGGUCAGCGAGCACAACGCGGCGGGCGUGGCCCCGCUGGUGACGUUCAUCGAGCUGGUCAACGUGGGUGACCUGAUCUCGCAGAUGAUUGACGUCUUCUACGAGCAGCAGCUCACGGGGCCCAAGAUUGCCGACAAGAACGACUUCCUAGACCCUUCAGGCUUGGCCAAGAAGAAGUUUGAGCAGAUGCUGGAUGAGAGCGUGGCCGCCGGCCUGAACAAGGGCAUCGACGUCCUCAUGGAUGAGGUGGAGUACCUCAACGGGACCAUGCAGCUCCCAACGGACUACAACCCCGCCGGCACUACCACAACCGCCGUCGCCGCCGCCGGCAGCGGAACAUCGUCCGCAGCAACGUCGGCGUCGACGAGCGACAAGCGUGCGUCCGUCUUCACCAACCCGGGUCUCGACCUGGAGGACACUGGCCCCACCCCGACGGCCAAGCGCAUCGUCGAGCUCGUCUCGUCGCACACAAAGAUGCUCGUGGGCACGACGGACAAGUCCAUGCUCGACGUCUUCAACGCAGAAGUCGGACUGCGUCUCUUCACCGCCAUCUGCAAGCACCUCAAGCGCCAGCGCAUCAGCACCGACGGCGCCGUCAAGCUCAUCGCAGACAUGAACCUAUACUUUGACUAUGUGCGCACCCUGCGCAACCAGGACCUGCUGGCCUACUUCCGCGCCCUGCGCGAGCUGAGCCAGAUCUACCUCAUCGACGCCGGUCACGCAAAAGAGAUGGCCACAGUCAUCGCCGACGGCGAUCGCUUCGGGGGUAUCUUUCGCGCCGAGGAGGUCUACGAGUUUGCCCAGAGGAGGGCAGACUGGUAUCAUGUGCGUAAGAGCGUCGAGAGGGCCAUGUACGGCUUGGACUGCCUUGUCAUGUGA